UUCAGGAUUCUCAGGGAGAAGCACUGAAGAAAAAAGAAUUCAGAAUCCGACGACCAUGGCAGUGUGCUCCAGAGGAUUUCGGCUCUUAUUGCGACCCUUCUUGCGCCCUGUCGAGGUGCUUCGAGCCCCAGCCCGAUGUAGUAACGCGGGGAGCGCCUUGACCAGUAGGAAAAGGUUUUACCGGAAGACCAGUGUCCUGGACGCAGGUGGCGGUCUGUGGGAGGUGACCUUGGAUCAGAGAAGGGUGCGCACCCCUGCGGGACAGGUGCUUAGGGUGGAUAACGAGUCUCUUGCGCUAGCUUUGUGUCAUGAAUGGGACUCUCAGAAAGACACGAUUAACCUCAGCGCUAUGCAUUUGCACGGACUUGUCACCACUGCGUUAGACAACCCAAACAAGCUGACCAAAAUGGACUUGGCCAACAGCAUAAUUCAGUAUAUUGAGACUGACACAGUUCUUUUCCAUUCUGAAGAGCCGGAAGACUUAAAAACUCUGCAAGCAGAGAGAUGGAAUCCUGUGCUUGCUUGGUUCAACGACGUCAUGAACACUUCCUUGCGAUACACGACCUCUAUUGAACCUCCUGAAGUCACUGUCAAUGACAAGCAGGCUGUGCAGAGAUAUCUUUUGUCCCAUUCAUUUUUGGCGCUUCACGGACUGAGUUACGCGACAGACGUCCUGAAGUCUAUUGUCCUCGGAGCAGCAGUUGCUAGGAGACACUUGACUGUGCCCGAGGCGGUGCUGCUGUCGCGUCUUGAGGAGGAUUUCCAGUGCGAUCAUUGGGGCCGUGUGGAAUGGAGUCACGACAUCUCCCAAGAGGAUGCGCAGGCUAGGUUGGCGGCUGCUUCUAUUUUGAUUCAGUUAUCCAUGCCUAGUCCGAUUGCAACGCAAAAAAAGCAUAAUCUAGGAGGACAGUAAAUAAAAUUCAGCUGCCAGAGGCGUCUCUGCCGAUCUCGGCCACCAUGCACACCGUGCAAACACGGCCAGCAAACUGGGGGAAGUAACUAGCGUGGCAGAGUGGACAGACGACCUCUGGCGUGCCUUGGUAGAUGGGCUUGUGUGAGUAGCCACAAAGCUGGAAUGGAUUGUGCUGGUCGUACUCCAGCUCAUGCUCGUCUGUUGGCGUCUUGUCACACACCUGCAAGCAGAAACUCAAUAAAGUUAAACAGUGUUAAGAUCCCGUCUAAAAAAUAAACAUUUUUUGUUUUAUCAGAA